GGAUGCGGACUUUCUACAAGAAAACUCCCUCUGGUUCUCUGACUUCUCACUCCUCACACUGACAUUGAGCUGUAGGAGGAACCGUCUACAUCCUGGACGAGCUGUCAAAGCGCCGCUCCCGGAGAUGUCGCUCAUAAUCCGCGUUUUAGCCACUUUGGCCCUGUGGAGUCCUGUCAGGGCACUGCUGCCUGAGUUUUCAGAUGUUUGCACAGAGGGCAGCUGCUAUCCGGCCACCGGUGACCUCCUGAUCGGCCGAGCGCACAAACUCAACGCCUCCUCCACCUGCGGCCUCUACGAGCCGGAGCGCUUCUGCAUCGUUGGACAUCUGGAGGAGGAGAAGAAAUGCUUCGUGUGUGACUCCAGCCAGAUGUACGAUGAGGACAGCCACACCGUCAGCCACACCAUCGAGAACGUGGUCACCACCUUCGCCCCGAACCGCCUCAAGACCUGGUGGCAGUCGGAGAACGGUGUGGAGAACGUGACCAUCCAGCUGGACUUGGAGGCCGAGUUUCAUUUCACGCACCUCAUCAUGACCUUCAAGACAUUUCGUCCAGCUGCCAUGAUCAUUGAGCGGUCCAUGGACUUUGGGAAAUCGUGGCAGGUUUAUCGCUACUUUGCCUACAACUGCGAGACGUCCUUCCCUGGCAUUUCCUCUGGAUCCAUGGUCAAAGUGGACGACAUCAUCUGUGACUCCCGAUACUCGGACAUCGAACCAUCGACAGAGGGAGAGGUGAUCUUUCGGGUGUUGGACCCUGCCUUCGAGAUUGAGGACCCCUACAGCCUGAGGAUACAGAACAUGCUGAAGAUCACAAACCUGCGAGUAAAGUUCAUCAAGCUCCACACGCUGGGAGACAACCUGCUCGACUCCCGCGAUGAGGUGACGGAGAAGUACUACUACGCCCUGUACGACAUGGUGGUUCGUGGAAACUGCUUCUGCUACGGCCACGCCUCCGAGUGCGCCCCGAUAGAUGGAGCGCCGACAGGAGCUGAGGGCAUGGUCCAUGGACGCUGUGUUUGCAACCACAACACUGAGGGUCUGAACUGUGAACGCUGCCAGGACUUUUACCACGAUUUGCCCUGGAGACCGGCGGAGGGACGAAACACCCACGCCUGCAAGAAGUGCGAGUGCAACCAGCACUCCACGUCGUGUCACUUCGACCUGGCCGUCUACGUGACGACCGCCAAUGUCAGCGGAGGCGUUUGCGACGACUGUCAGCACAACACGGUGGGCCGACAGUGUGAGCAGUGUGCGCCGUUCUUCUACCAGCACCCCAACCGAGACCUGAGGGACCCCAACAUCUGUGAACCGUGUAACUGUGACCCAGCCGGGUCUCUGCAGGGUGGACUGUGCGACUCCCGGACCGAUGUGGCCGCUGGGCUGAUCUCAGGUCAGUGUCGCUGCAAAGCCAGUGUGGAGGGAGAACGAUGCGACCACUGCAGACAGGGAUACUACGGACUGGGAGGAGGACCAGACGGCUGCCUGCCUUGUACCUGUAACCCGCUGGGAACGCUGCCGGGAGGAAACUCCUGCGAUUCAGACACAGGAAGUUGCUUCUGCAAACGGCUUGUUGACGGACACAACUGUGAUCAGUGUCUGCCGCAGCACUGGGGUCUGUCCAACGACAUGGACGGCUGCAGACCAUGUGACUGCGACCAGGGCGGAGCCGUCAACAACAACUGCGACCCUCAUACAGGACAGUGUGAAUGCAGGGAGCACAUGUUUGGACGCCGCUGCGAUGAGGUGGAUUCCGGCUUCUACUUCAUCACUCUGGAUCACUACACUUACGAAGCCGAGGACGCAAAUCACGGACCUGGUGUGACGGUGGUACCCAGGCCUUAUCCUCUGGAUCGCAGUCCUACAUGGACUGGUAUGGGAUUUGUUAACGUGCCAGAAGGAGCCUAUCUAGACUUCAACAUCAACAACAUCCCAGAGUCCAUGGACUAUGACAUCCUUAUACGAUAUGAGCCACAGUUACCAGAGCAGUGGGAGCAGGUGAACGUCCGAGUGCAGCGCCCCGUCUUCAACCCUCCAAACUACUCCAGUCACUGCAGAAACUCCAUCCAGAGUGGAGACGAACAGUCCAUCUCUCUUCCACCUGGAUCCAGGCAUGUGCUGCUGGUGAGGCCGGUGUGCUUCGAGAAAGGACUGAACUACACGGUACGACUCAGUCUGCCGCUCUACUCGUCAGUCACCGACGUCCAGAGUCCAUACACGCUCAUCGAUUCGCUGGUGUUGAUGCCCCGAGUCAGGGAGCUGGACAUGUUCCAUGGGGUCGACGGUGAAGGAGCGUGGGAUACGUUCCAGCGCUACCGAUGUCUGGAGAGCAGCCAGAGCGUCAUCAAAAGCCCCAUGACCGACAUCUGCAAUGACUACAUCUUCAGCGUCUCCGCUCUGCUGCACAAAGGAGCCAUGGCCUGCCAGUGUGACCCUCAGGGUUCUCUAAGCAGCAUAUGUGAUCCCAGUGGAGGUCAGUGCAGCUGUCGACCCAACAUUGUGGGCAGGAACUGUGACCACUGUGCUCCGGCUACCUUCCUGUUCAGCCCCGCCGGCUGCAGACCUUGUGAGUGUGACCUCCGGGGCUCGGUUAGCGCCUUCUGCCACGAAUCGACCGGUCAGUGUCAGUGUGUCCCGGGGGCGAUGGGUCGACAGUGUUCCCAGUGCAAGCCGGGUUUCUGGGGUUUCCCUCAGUGCCGGCCAUGCCAGUGUAACGGCCACAGCGAGUACUGCCACCCUCAGACUGGAGAGUGUCAAGGCUGCAGAGACUUCACCACCGGACGCCACUGUGAGAGGUGUCUGGCCGGUUACCACGGCGACCCACAGCUGCAUACAGGUGACCACUGUCGCCCUUGCAUGUGUCCAGAUGGGCCACGCAGCGGACGGCAGUUUGCAGACAGCUGCUACCUGCUACACAACACCAACCAGCUGGUGUGUGUGUGCAGUCCCGGCUACAAAGGUGCCAGGUGUGGUGAGUGCGCCCCGGGUCACUAUGGCAACCCUCAGGUGCCCGGCGGCCGCUGCACACCCUGCCGGUGCAACAACAACAUCGACAUGCACGACCUGGGGUCCUGCGAUGUCCGCACGGGUGCCUGCCUGAAAUGCCUGUACCACACCCAGGGCUACGGGUGUCAACACUGCAAACUGGGUUACUAUGGCGACGCUGCCACACAGAGCUGCAGGAAGUGCAUGUGUUACUCGGUGGGGACGGUACCUCAGGCCUGCUCGUCCCCUGAUGAGUGUCAGUGCGACCAGAGGAGCGGUCAGUGUCCGUGCCAGCCCAAUGUGGUCGGUCAGAACUGCGACCGCUGUGCUCCCGAUACGUGGAACAUCGCCAGCGGAACCGGCUGCCAGCGCUGCGACUGCGACCCCGUUCACGCCGUCGGAUCCUCCUGCCACGAGGUGACAGGACAGUGUGUUUGCAAACCAGGCUUUGGUGGCAGGACGUGUCGGGAGUGCAAGGAGCUCUUCUGGGGGGAUCCAGAGGUCAAAUGUCACGCGUGCGACUGCGAUCCUCGGGGAAUCUCCAGCCCUCAGUGCCAUCGUGCCACCGGUCAGUGCUCCUGUGUGGAGGGAGUGUCCGGUCCAAAGUGUGACCAGUGUGCCAGAGGCUACCAGGGCGAGUUCCCGCUCUGCGAGCCCUGCCAUCAGUGCUUUGCCGUGUGGGACGCCGUGGUGGGAGAGCUGGCCAAUCAGACCCGCCGUCUGGAGGCCCAGGUGACAGAGCUCCAGACCAGCGGAGUGACGGCUCCCUACAAAGAGCUGGUCAGCAGCCUGGAGAAGAACGCCAAAGCCAUCAGAGAGAUCGUGGAGAAGAACCCUGCAGCGCUGCAGCUGGAGCAGACACAGGAGCUGAUGCACCAGAUUACAGGGCUGAUGUCUUACCUCAACGGGAAGCUGAACACAACCGAGGAGAACUUGGACCUUCUCCGCGGCGACGCCAACGCCACCGACGCAAACUUGGACAGACUGAGCGAUGAGGCCGACCAGCUGCAGCAGAGCGUCCAGCAGCUGAGACAGCAGGUGUCCGACAUCAAGAACGCCAACAUCCAAGGAGCCAUGGACACCAUUUCUGCUGCACAUAUGCAGUCCAGGGAAGCAGAACUUCGCUCCAAAGCCGCCACCACUGAUCCGGGAAACACAGUAGAGAGUUCAGCCCAAGUACGGAAAGCCACAGAGGACAAACUGAGCAGCAGUCAGAAGGAAUUCGACCGGAAGCACCAAAGAAACACGCAGAAGCUGGAAAAGCUGUCCGAAGACAUGGAGAAGUUUGAGCUGUCUCCACUCAGUGAGAAGACGUGUGGUGGAGCAGCAGACGAAGGCGACGGCUGCUCCUCCUGCGGUGGGCUGGGUUGUCUCUCAGAGGACGGAGCUCCUCGGUGUGGAGGAGAAGGCUGCAGAGGCGUCCUCACCGGCUCCCAAACCGCUCUCAAAUCAGCCAACAGCCUGGACCAGGAGAUCCUGGCAGCCAUGCAGGAGGUGGACAAGCUCUCCAGGAUGGUGUGGGAAGCCAACGUCCGUGCAAACGAAGCCAAGGCCAACGCUUUGGAGGUUCUGAUCAAAUCCAACCGGAGCAAGGAGAGAGUGGAGGAGAGCAACGAGCAGCUCCGCAACCUGAUCAAGGAGAUCCGAGACCUCCUCACCAAUGAGAAGGCCGAUGCGUCGGUGAUUGAGGCGGUGGCCAACGAGGUGCUGACUCUGCAGAUGCCCAUCUCACCGGAGAAGCUGGACGAGCUGACCAAAGAGAUCAGGCAGAAGGUGGGAGCUCUGACCAGCGUGGAGUCCAUCCUCAGUCAGAGCGCCGAGGACAUCCGGACGGCCGAGUCGCUGCUGAAGGAGGCCAAAGCUGCCAGCCAGGCGGCGUCCAACAUGAAGGACACAGCAGACGUAGUGAAGGCGGCUCUGGACGAAGCUGAGCGCGCUCAGAACGUCGCCAUGGACGCCAUCCAGCUGGCCCAGAACAACACUAAAGGCACCCUGGACCUGCUGGUCUCUGUGGAGUCAGAGACGGCGCUGUCGGAGCUGAAGCUCAGCGACACCACGGGCCGCCUGCUGCAGCUGGAGAUGGAGGUGGGCCGGCUGAGACAGAACAAGCUGGAGGUGAACCGGCUGGUGGAGACGGCCGACCUGGUGACGGAGCAGGCCCGGCAGGACGCAGAGGAGGCCCGGCAGGAGUUCGACGAGGAGCUGAAGGAUAAGUUGGAGGCGGUGGAGGACCAGGUGGAGGAUAAGGGGGAGUCGGUGCUGCAGGCCAGGAGGAGAGCUGAGGAGCUGCAGCAGGAGGCCAAGGAGCUGCUGGCCCAGAGCAGCAUCAAGCUGCAGAGGCUCGGAGAGUUGGAGGUUUCCUACGUGGCCAACCAGCGCAUCCUGGAGGCCAAAGCUGCAGAGCUGGCUGAGCUGGAGCGAAGCGCCCGCCGCAUCCUGGACGAGAUCAGCUACAAGGUGACGCUGUACAGCACCUGUCUGUGACCGCGGCGUCGUUCAUAGCUGAUAAAACACUGUAAUAUGUUGGAAACUGUCAGUGCGUCCAGGCGUUUUUAACCAUCAAAACCAGCUCCAAAGCUGCCAAAGACCAUUAAAGUAUCGAAGCGACGAGUCCCAAAGGAAGCACUCGGAGCCGAUGUGUGGAGAAUAAAGUCACUACAAUCCGUGUUUACCUGUAAGACUGCAUAUAUGUGAAUGAAAUGUUAAAUUUAUACGUAACAGGCCCAAAGAAUCACAUGUGAAUGGUGCUACAGACAAAUAUUAAAGUUUUACUAGAAAAUAAAA